AUGGAGUACAAGUCGUCUUUGUUCACCUGUGGAUGUGAUCUCCCCGAGCCAUACAGGUUCACAAGAACUUUGACUUGUCUGCGUGACCACGGCAUUACUGGACUUGUUUCCCAUGAAAGAAUAAAGGAUGUAAAAGCCUUACUGGAUUCAAACAAAAGAAAAUCAAACCGAAUGUUCCUGUGGUGCAAUCCAGGGAGGAACAUGUCACUAAAGCAAAUUUUGAACGGAAGACCUUCCAUUUUUAGUGAAACACCACUUGAGGAGUUAAUAAAAACAGUAAAAAAAUGCACUGGACUAUUUGGAAAUCAGAAAUGUGGAUUUUAUCAUCGACGUUAUGGUGCCAGAAGUAACAAUUGA